AUCGGAAACACGUACAUCUGUUGAAGUUGAGCAGUAGAACUGAGAGACCAAAUUUGUUGUUUACAUACAUAUAAUGUGAUAAUUAAAAUUUAAAUAGUUGAAGUUAAUGGCCGGUUAAUUACAUAAAAAACUGAAACAAUCAUUCCAAAAGUCUAGAAUAAAAUACACACACAUCCAUACAACACUGAAAUGUCGGCGCCGAAUAUCAACUUUGGACUGCUUUCCGCCAUUGAAGUUUCAUAUAGUACAAACAGUGCCAAAAAUCCAAACAGAAUUAACAGCAACGACAAUAAGAGUGACCCAACCAGCAUUAGUAUAAGUAAAACAACGAACAGUGACUGCCUAACCACUACCAGACUAGCAAGGGAACAGCUUCAAAUGAUGGAUUGUGGCGCAGCGCCGCUUGUGUCGACACCAAUGCACGAAAUUUCUGCAAAAAUAACGGAAACGCAAAGCCCGAACAGCACACAGGUAUCCAAGCGGGAGUACGAAAGUCAAAAACUAGAUUACUCUAACAGCAUGUCAACAAUGACUAAACGAAUUUCGAGGACAUCAUCAGCUGACUAUGAGUUUGCCGAAACUGGAAAUGCAGCACUUUCGGUCGUGGAAGUGGUUGAUUCGUGUAGAACCGCACAGCCCCCUUUAUUUGAUCGGGAGCCUUCAGCGGCGACAUCCACAACUAAGUUACCUCACGGGAGUGAAAAGCAAUUCAAAUCGCUGAACAUAAGUUUUGAGAAUAUUUGCUAUGGUGUGAAAACGGGAAUCUUCAAAAAAGAUCAUAAGCAAGUGCUUAAUGGGAUGACCGGAGAAUUUUGUGCGGGCGAGCUCAGUGCCGUUGUUGGACCGUCUGGCGCCGGAAAGAGUACAUUACUAAAUAUACUCUCUUCAUAUACACUGUACGGCUUCUCUGGUGAUAUAAGAAUUAAUGGGAAUUUGCGAGACGUAAAAACUUUCAAGCCAAAUGUCGCCUUCAUUACUCAAGAUACGACAUUGCAACCUUUUCUAACUGUUAAGGAAGCAAUACAUUUUGCGGCAAACCUUAAGAUUGGCUCACAGAUGAAUACGAUGCAGAGACGAGAACGGGUGCAAACAAUUCUGGAGGCAAUGGGCUUAUCUGAUUCCAUCUACACCAGAACCAGUGAUUUGUCAGGUGGUCAAAAGAAGCGUUUGGCAAUUUCUCUAGAAUUAGUGAACAAUCCGCCAGUUCUUAUUCUAGAUGAGCCAACAAGCGGAUUAGAUAGUUCUACAUCUAACCAGUGUAUUUCUCUAUUAAAAACGCUUGCAUCGGAAGGACGCACUAUCAUUUGUACAAUACAUCAGCCCAGCGGCAUUGCGUUCCGAAUGUUCGAUCACUUAUUCGCGAUCGCCGAAGGUUCUUGUAUAUAUGCUGGCAGAACCGAUAACCUGGUGCCAUUCUUAGCCGAAAACGGCUUACACUGUCCACAGUCAUACAACCCUUGCGACUUUCUUAUGGAAAUAGGAACUAACGAUUACGGUCCGAAUAAUAGGCGAUUAAUAGAGAAAAUGCAAAAUGGCCGUAACACGGAAUUUCGGAAAUCCGGUCGUCCAUUUUCAACUAAAACAAGUGAGGUGGAAACAACGACUCCAGUGCCAUUGAUCCUCAAUCAACAAACAUCUUCCCGCGUGUGCGAUAGUUCUGACUACCAUACCGAAAGUAAAUCAAAUACCAAAGAACAGCAGUAUCAACAAAGUGGUGAUAGCAAAAUGUUAAAACCUAAAAAACCAAAAAUGUCAAUUGAUGCCGGACAUCUUUGCAAACGUGAUAAUGUGUAUGCUACUCCAUUUUACCUCCAAUUGCUCUUUCUGUUGCGGCGCACUUUUCUGAUUCUAUGGCGGGACAGUUCACUCACGACGCUCCGUUUCUGCAUUCACUUCAGCGUGGCGCUGCUUAUUGGACUCCUCUACUAUGACAUUGGGAAUGACGCAGCGAAUGCAAUUAAUAUCUUCCGUUAUGCAUUUUACACAAUAAUGUUCAUUAUGUUUUGCGCUUUCUCGUCGAUUCUCACGAAAUUUCCCCUAGAGUUUCCCAUUGUGUCGCGUGAGCACUUUAACCGUUGGUAUUCGUUGCGCGCAUAUUAUAUUGCAAUUACUCUAGCCGAUAUACCAAUUCAGAUUAUCUGCACAAGUCUUUUUAUAUUUCCUACAUACUAUCUGACUGGUCAGCCAUUGGAAGUUAUGCGCUUCGUUUUGUAUUUUGUAAUCGUUUUUCUCACGGCACUUGUGGGACAAAGCAUUGGACUUAUCGUAGGCUCUGCUCUGAGCGUCCAUUAUGGCGCUAUAUUUGGACCAUUCUUCAUUUGCCCUUUCCUGGCAUUUUCUGGUUUCUUUCUGCAGCAAAAAGAUUCACCCGUUUAUCUCAAAUGGAUGUUCGAUGUAUCCUUCCUCAAGUAUGCUUUGGAUGGUUCAAUGUUGUCACUUUUCGGAUACGGUCGUGGAAAAUUAGAAUGCAAGGAAAUGUAUUGUCACCAUUCCCAUCCAGCUUUUUUCUUGCGGAACAUGGACUUGGGAAAUGCAAAUUAUAAAGUGGCUGCCAUAUUUUUACUUUGUUUAUUUGUAAUGUUAAGAAUUCUUGCAUUUUAUGUCAUGUCCUUCAGAUUGAGAUUAUUUAGAUGAAAUAUCAGGUCUUUAACAUUUAAGGGCGGAGUUUUGUAUUAUUUGUAAUUAAAUGUCAGACAAAAGAGUUUAGAUCAAAACAAGCGCCUAAAAGUAGAAAACAAUGAACAUACCAGAGCAAUACAUAACAUGUGAUGUGAUUUAUGAAAAAGUAGGAGUAAGAUUACAUUUAAGAAAUACGAUCCGGAAACCGAUUUACAGUUUCAAUGUUAAUCCAAGUCAGAUGGCGAAAUGUGUAUUUCACGUGAAUACAUGUACGUGUAUAUUUACAAUAGGUAUUUCUAGAAUGUGUCUACAAGGUUUUUAUUAGUAAGCUAGCAUUGUCAAAUUUAAAUAUUUUUCUCUAUCGUAGAAAUGAAUGUACAUACAUUCAUACAUUCAUACGUAUUUGUAAAUAUGAAUAGCUAAUCCAUGAUACAAAAACUUGAAGAUACAAUAGUUUCAUUUACUGACAUUCGUUGUUGUUGCUUAACGUCUGCCACUAAAUAAAAUUAUAACAUAACCUAAAAAAUGA